CACCAGUCGCAUCGCAUUGUUGAUUGUCUAUGGUCUGUUGUUUCAUUGAUAUUUUCAAAAUAAGACGCGUGCUUUGCAUAAUUUAGAAUAUAUCAUAAAAUGCCUAAACCUACAAAAUUACACAGCAAAGGAAAGUCAAAUUCAAUACAGAAACCAUGUAAAGCUGAUAAAGACAAAGCGGGACCUUCAGAUCCGGACCAAUUAGUGAGACAAUUUCAGUUGGAGCUAUGUUGGUGUAUUCAGCAGUUGGAAAAAUCUUUAGCUGAAAAAAAAGGCAAUGAAAAGCAAACUCAAGAAGCAUGGAAAGUGUUAACAAUAUUAAAAAAUAAUAAUCAGUCUAUUGUAAGGAAACGACAACUAAUGCGAACACAUUUUGGAGAUUAUAGAGCUAAAAUGGCUGCUGAAGAAAAAAAAUUAGCUAAGAUGGCAAGCAAAAUGAAGAUAUCUGAUGCACCAGACAAACCAAAAGCAACAUUUCUAAGAAAAUCUGUAUUUUUAACAUCUGGCAAUAGUUCAUUUAGGUUCAAUUUCAAUUUAGCGCCAGAACAAAUAGAAAAUGGCAAUACCACAGAUAAAUUAAUAGACGACAAUACUGUAGUGGAAAAUAAAUCAGAUACAACUAGUGUUGCUAUUACUGAAAAUGGAGAUGCUGAUAAAGAUAACUCUGUUGAAAAAUCAAAUUUGGAUAACAAAUCAAAUUCAUUCAAGUUUUCAUUUUCUGAUUCUAAAUUUAGGUUUAAUUUUAAUACAAACAAUUCUUAGUUAUAAGGAUAGAUAUGUGUAUAAAUAACUGUUUUAC